GCUUGUCAGAAUCAACGGCUUUGAUUCAACACCACAAUAAAUUCUCGUUUUUCCCCCCACUAUAUAAAUCGAUCCUUCAUCUGGGUCUCCUCUCAUUGUUCACUUGCUUGCUUUAUCAGCCAUUUUUCUCACUCGUAGCCACCAUGUGUGGGAUUCUCGCCGUCCUUGGCUGCAUCGACAACUCCCAAGCAAAACGCUCUCGUGUCAUCGAACUCUCUCGCAGAUUGAGGCACAGAGGUCCUGAUUGGAGUGGACUGCAUUGUUAUGAAGACUGUUAUCUUGCUCAUGAGCGUUUGGCCAUUGUUGACCCGACUUCUGGGGAUCAACCUCUCUACAACGAGGACAAGACUGUUGUUGUCACGGUAAAUGGAGAAAUAUACAACCACAAGGUUUUGCGUGAACAGUUAAAGCUAAAGUCACACCAGUUCCAUACAGGGAGUGACUGUGAAGUUAUUGCUCAUCUUUACGAAGAACAUGGAGAGGAAUUUGUUGACAUGUUAGAUGGAAUGUUUUCAUUCGUCCUUCUUGAUACUCGUGACAAAAGUUUUAUCGCUGCUAGGGAUGCCAUUGGUAUCACCCCACUCUACAUUGGGUGGGGUCUUGAUGGUUCUGUCUGGUUUGCUUCAGAGAUGAAAGCACUCAGCGAUGAUUGUGAACAGUUUAUGUGUUUCCCUCCAGGCCACAUCUACUCGAGUAAACAAGGAGGACUUAGAAGGUGGUAUAACCCUCCAUGGUACUCUGAGCAUGUUCCUUCAACCCCAUAUGAUCCAUUAGUGCUCCGCAAUGCUUUCGAGAAGGCUGUUAUAAAGAGAUUGAUGACUGAUGUGCCUUUCGGUGUCCUUUUAUCUGGAGGAUUAGACUCAUCCCUUGUUGCUUCGGUGGCAUCCCGUCACUUGGAUAAAUCUGAAGCAGCUCGUCAAUGGGGUUCACAGUUACACACAUUUUGCAUCGGUUUGAAGGGAUCCCCAGAUCUGAAGGCUGGAAGAGAAGUCGCCGAUUAUCUUGGAACUCGCCACCACGAGUUUCACUUUACAGUUCAGGAAGGGAUUGAUGCUAUUGAAGAAGUUAUUUACCAUAUAGAGACAUAUGAUGUGACUACUAUAAGAGCCAGCACCCCGAUGUUUCUCAUGUCGAGAAAAAUCAAAUCUUUAGGUGUAAAGAUGGUUAUUUCUGGAGAAGGUUCAGAUGAAAUUUUUGGAGGAUACUUGUACUUCCACAAGGCACCCAACAAGAAGGAAUUCCAUGAGGAAACAUGUCGAAAGAUUAAAGCUCUUCAUCAAUAUGAUUGCUUGAGGGCCAACAAAGCAACUUCAGCAUGGGGUGUUGAGGCUCGUGUACCGUUCUUGGAUAAAGAGUUUAUAAAUGUCGCUAUGAGCAUCGAUCCGGACUGGAAGAUGGUCCGACCUGACAUUGGAAGGAUUGAGAAGUGGGUUCUACGCAAUGCCUUUGAUGAUGAGCAGUGUCCUUACCUACCAAAGCACAUUCUUUACAGGCAGAAAGAACAGUUCAGUGAUGGAGUCGGGUACAGUUGGAUUGAUGGGCUGAAAGAUCACGCAAACAAACACGUCUCUGACACUAUGCUGAUGAACGCGAGCUUUGUCUACCCCGAGAACACUCCCAAGACAAAAGAAGCAUACUACUACAGAACCAUCUUCGAAAAGUUCUUCCCUAAGAAUGCUGCAAGGGCAACUGUUCCGGGAGGUCCGAGUGUAGCUUGCAGUACUGCGAAAGCAGUGGAGUGGGAUGAUGCAUGGUCAAAGAAUCUCGACCCAUCAGGCCGUGCGGCUCUGGGGGUUCAUGUUGCAGCUUACAAGGACGAAAAAGCCGUCAAGGGCUAAUGCCCAUCCGUAGAAGCUACGAGAAGCGAGAGAGAAGGGUAGAGCCGUUGUUUGAGGAAAGUCCAAAGACUUCUCUGAAGCUGGACAAGAGAAACAAAGGGUUAAACACACUUAUCCUAAUUUCCGGACACUGUACAUUCAUCUUCCAUACGUGUGAAUGGAAGCUUUUAUGUUUCUCCUUGUGGGUUUUGUAGACUCCAUUCAUGAAACUGAGUUGACUAUUCCU